AUGGAUAAACGGUUUUUUCCAGGUAAGAAAGCUCCAGAGGACGUUUGUACCACCACGCCCUGCGAUCCCCGGCCGGAAUCACUCCUCCCGCUGGACGUUGAGGAGUCACCCGAGCAGGAUGACCCAGACGACCCUUUUGCUCCGUCCUCGUGUCCCGAUGGUGGAAAACGGGCAUACAUGGUUCUUGCGGGAUCUUUUAUUGGACUUCUAGUUGAUUUCGGUCUUGUGAACGCUGUGGGAUCGAUCCAGUCUUAUUUGGCGCUUCAUCAGCUUGCAGAUGUGUCAUCUGCUUCCAGCUCGCUAAUUUUCUCGUUUUUUCUCACCAUGGUCUACAACACCAUUGUGUUCUCGGGAGUUCUCUUUGACGAGCUCGGAUGCACCAUUCCGACGGUGCUCGGGACGGUGAUGCUGUUUGUUGGUCUUUUUUGCACGGGUGAGUGCGAAUCUGUGGUGUCUUUUAUUUUCGUGUUUGCACUUAUAGUUGGCUCGAGUCUGGGCACGCUAGCAGGCCCAUUGACCGGGGUCGUCAGUCACUGGUUCCUGCGUAACCGGUCCAAGGCCUUUGGAGUGGCCACACUGGGUGGGUCGGUGGGUGGUAUAGUGUUCCCAUUGUUACUGAACAAGUUAUUCUCUACAGUUGGAUUCAGGUGGGGCAUGAGAAUAUUCGCAUUUAUCUGUACGUCCUUGCUUGCGAUAUCCAGCUUCCUGAUCAAAGAAAGAUACACCAACGCCAAAGUUGAAGAAACAGAGGCCACAACACCCACACAGAAGAUCACACGGUUUUUCUCCAGGUUGUACGACCUGAGCAGAAAAUCUGUGGAUUUCAGCUCUGUGAAAGAUUACCGCUUUGCAUUCUGUAUGGCGGGCAAUGCCCUGGGCGAGACUGCAUUGGGAUGCUCCAUCACGUACUUUGCAUCGUACGUCACGUACAUUGGAUUCACUGAGACCACAGCGAACACAGCAAUUACAGUGAUGAACGCAUCGGGAAUUUUGGGCAGAUAUGUAGCAGGGGUUCUUGCAGACCGCAUAGGUUGCUACAAUGUCAUGAUCUUCCUCACUAUGUUUGCGUCGGCAGUCAAUCUCGCGAUCUGGCUGGGAUGGUCGACGUACGCUGGCAGCAUCCAAAGUGUCUAUUGUUAUUCCGUUCUGUACGGAUUUUCCAACUCGGCAGUCAUGAGUCUGGGCCCUUCCUGCGUGGGCUCCAUCAGUCCUACCAGAGAGUUUGGUAAACGGUACGGAACCAUGAUGCUGGCCGGCGGGGUGGCCGUCUUCUCUGGUAUGCUCACAGCAGGAGGACUUCUGACCCACAAGUCCUUGGCCAGCUACCGUCAUCUUGCUCUGUACAGUGGACUCUUGACUAUUUUGGGGGUCGCUUUCUGGACCCUUAGCAGAUACUUCCAGGUCGGGCUCAAGAUCAAUGUCAAGGUCUAA